CUUGAGAAUGACAAAAUAAAAGCUCUGGGGAAGCGUCAAGACUAAGCUUCUCUAUGCCGGGUUCCUCUAUAUAACCCCGCCAGUGUACUCAGAAAACCCCAGCCGUUCUCAUUGUUUCUGAAAUGGGAUGCACAGCUAAAGACGCGACAUCGUUCACACUACCACCAGGCUGCAGGUUCUACCCUUCCGAGGAACAAAUCCUCUGCUACUACCUCCCGGAGAAGAACGGCGGCGAUCAUCGCGAUGGCAUUAACGUAAUCAAGGAGAUCAACCUGUACAAUUUUGACCCUUUCAAUUUACCGGACGCUUCCUGCUAUCGGUUCGGCCGCGGUGGGAGGCGACGGCACUGGUUUUGCUUCGUCGCUAGGAAAUUAAAGGAUAGGAGAUCCAGGAGGGCAGGAGGCGGGUAUUGGAGAAGGAAAGGGAGGAUUAGGGUUGUCUCCGAGAAAGGUGCUGGGAAAGUUGUGGUUGGAUUGCGUAAAUGUUUCGCUUUCUAUUUGGGGGAAUCUCCUAAGACUGCUAUGAGGACUGACUGGUUUAUGUAUGAGUACGCACUGCCCAAUGCGGCUGCUUUUGUCUUGUGCCGAAUUUUCGUUAAAUCACCUCGUGGAAAUAUUGAGUCAGAAAAUGUGUUAAGUUCAUGUGCUGAAGAAAGUGUUGCAAGAGUUCGUCACAUUGGUAUUCAGUUUAAUGGAGUCACAAAAUCUGCUACUGAAGAAGAAGUGCAGGAUGAGAAAAAAGACAUUUUGAAUUUCCCAGUGGAAAGUGUCAGCAAAUUAGAGAAUCCUAUUAGUGAACCUCAUGAGGACUGGACGGUAUCAACUGGUCAUUUUAAUGCUGGCGCUACACUCUCUGAAGCAGUGUCUUCUGAGGAAAUAUUAGGCCUUCUGGAAGGAGAUUAUAUGGAGCUGAAUGACCUUCUUUGCCCGCUUCUUGGUUUUGACUGAUUCCAUUUUAAUGUCAAUUAUUAUAUCAAUACAAGGACUUAAGAGGCACAAUUGGGUUCCAGGAUAUUUCCAAUUCAAAGAAAAUGGUAUCGAUUAUCGCUAAUUAGUGAUGAAAAAAGCAACUCAACUGCAAGAUGGGGCUUCUUCACUUAUAGUGAGCCAGCUAUCUGAAAGAGUGGACCAUUUCCAGUGAUACAUACCGUUAUGUACCUCAUACAAUUACGUAUGUGUUUAUAAGAUAUAUUGGUGGUUGAAAGCCUGGAGAUAUGAAAUGUUGUCUGUCCUUUGGUGACAACUGUGCCUUGGCACAAAUCGUCUGGCUUACAAGGUACUUGCUGUACUUGAUUUUGAUCAGGGAUGAUAAAAAAGAUAUUUGCACUAUGUAUUUUAUGUGGCCUUGCUGAUUUUUAAUUAUGUCAUUGAUAGGGAUGCGUUUGGGGGUUAACACGGUAUGUGUCAUGAUUAUUUAUGUAAAAAGAAAGUCUGUUCUACAUGCCAAGCAAUAUUGGCCAUUCUCCUGAAGGUGGAAUUAAACUGCUCAGUGAUCUAGUCGUCCGCUUAAUCUUGAAAACUCUAUCCUCUCUUAUCUGAGCUUUUUGCAGACACCUUUUUCGUUUAUUAUAAUUUAAUUAAGCAUCAAACUUGGUCGUUUGAACUUUGUAGGAGAUGAAACUCAAAGGAAUGUACUGCUUAUGAAAUGAAUAUUCCGUGAACCAGCUCAUUGCAGCAUUGGAUGGUACUUAAAUGUACUUAUCUAUGCUCGCAUUUCAAAAUACAUCCAACAGAUUUGCUCUUUU